AUGAGUCAAACUCCACAUACCACACAGAAACGUAAAGGAACGUUUGCUGAAGAUGUUGCCGAUAAGAGACACAUGUCUGACACACAGGCCAGAACACUCUCUGCUCUCGUCGGAUGGGCAUAUACAAGGGAAUACCCCGAUAGAAACGACCUUCAGAAAAGUGAUAUCAAAUGCGCAGCCAACCACGACGAAUCCGCCGAAUGCAAAGUAGCUGCUUCAAUUCUCAACGAUAUCCACCUCUACUUGUUUUGCGACAAAUACAAUAUUCCGGAAUUAGGAAGCCUUGCAGUCAAACAUAUGAAGAAAACCAUGGCUGGGAUGGGAGACAGCUGGAUACAUAUGUCAAUGGCUUUUAUUCCAGCUGUUCGGCUGGCUCUUUCCAAGUUCAAGGAGAGCAACCCGUUGCUUUAG